AUCCGUGCUGAAGCCCAGCACCUUGCCGGAUAUCCAGGUUACAGAUGUGGACGCUGCUGGGAACGGUGCAGGUGCCAAAUCGCAACCGGAGGAGACGCCGCAGCUGAUGCGGACGCGGAGCGACGUGGGCGUACGGCGCCGGGGCAACAUCCGCACCCCCAGCGAGCAGAGACGCAUCCGCCGCCACCGCUUCUCCAUCAACGGGCAUUUCUACAACCAUAAGACAUCCGUGUUCACGCCGGCGUACGGCUCCAUCACCAAUGUCCGGAUCAACAGCACGAUGACGACCCCUCAGGUCCUCAAACUGCUGCUCAAUAAAUUCAAGAUUGAAAACUCGGCAGAGGAGUUUGCGCUCUACAUUGUCCACACCAGCGGAGAGAAGCAGAAGCUGCGAGCCAGCGAUUACCCCCUGAUCGCCCGCAUCCUGCAAGGCCCCUGCGAGCAGGUCUCCAAGGUCUUCCUCAUGGAGAAGGACCAGGUGGAAGAAGUCACCUAUGAUGUUGCCCAGUACAUCAAAUUUGAGAUGCCCGUCCUCAGGAGCUUCAUCCAGAAGCUGGAGGAAGAGGAGGAUCGCGAAGUGAAGAAGCUAAUGCGCAAAUACUCCAUCCUCCGGCUGAUGAUCGAGCAAAGGCUGGAGGAGAUUUCGGAAGGUCCGACGGCGAUGUGA